UAAUCAUUUCAAAAAAGUAACUAAGUUUAUUAUAUAUAAGGGUACUAUGAAGACUUGUCGUUUAUUUUUGGCAGUGGCUGCUUUGGCUUUGGCAACACACUUUGCUUGCGCAUACGACCCAAGUCCUCUUCAAGACUUUUGCGUAGCGUUCGAUGAUCCCAAAGAGAUGCUGUUUGUGAACGGGAGAUUCUGCAAGAACCCGGAUAUGGUGAAGGCAGAAGACUUCUUCUUCUCAGGGAUCAACAUUCCGGGCAACACAGACAACGCCGUCGGCUCCAACGUCACCGCCGUGUUCGUCGACAACCUUCCGGGGCUCAACACACUAGGAAUAUCCCUGGCACGCAUCGACUACGCCCCAUACGGACUGAACCCACCACACACUCACCCUCGUGCCACCGAAAUCCUAUUCGUGGCCGAGGGAGCACUAUACGUGGGCUUCGUUUCCUCCAACGGAGACGGCAACCGACCCUUCACCAAGGUUCUCUACAAGGGAGACGUCUUCGUCUUCCCCGUCGGAAUGAUUCACUUCCAGUUCAACGUCGGCAAGACUCCGGCCUUGGCUUUCGCCGGACUAGGGAGCCAGAAUCCGGGAGUCAUUACCAUUGCUAAUGCCGUGUUUGGAUCCGACCCUCCCAUCAACCCUGAUGUUCUUGCUAAGGCCUUCAUGUUGGACAAGGAUCUGGUUCAGGAACUUCAGAAGCGGUUUGGGGUUUGAUCUCGAUCGAUCUAGCUACUUCAGUACUUGAUAACCUUUAUAAUAAUAAAUAAUUGUUAGCUAAGUAAUAAGUCCAUGUUGUCCAAGUUAACAUGGCCAUGAUGAUGGAAUAAUCAUUAUAUGUAGCUAACUAUAUAUUACCAUGUGACUAAUCAAUAUAUAUGGUCGUACGUAAUUAUGUUGAACAAAAAUCAGAA